AUGACGAGGAGCUGGAGAGAGGAGAGGAGAUCCCUCCGAGCCUGUAGAGGCCAUUCAGGAUUCUGCAGCUGCUAUAGCUGUCAUAUCAAGCAAGUUGAUCCUUCGGAUGUCAGGAGGCAAAAAGGCCCAUUCGAGGAGGAUUUUGUGAAGCUGGUGCAGAGGUUUGGUGAAAAUAAGGUUGUUCGAUGGAGGAGAGCUACGGAAAAGGCCGGUGACAUCUCUGACUGGGAUUCUAGAAUUUGGGACGAAGAGCAGCUGGUGCAACGUUUAGUCAAAAGGAUUUCGACUGAAUUGAGUAAUACUCCAAUAAGAGUGGCUGCUUGUACAGUUGGACUUAAUUCUCGUGUGGAACAACUUGUGAGGUUGUUAGAUGUAAAAUCCAGAGGCAUUCUGGUUCUGGGGCUUCAUGGGAUGGGUGGGGUUGGUAAGACAACCCUUGCAAAGGCUGUUUACAAUAAAUUUGUUGGGCAAUUUGAGCAUCGCAGUUUCAUUUCAAAUGUUAGAGAGAUUUCAGGAAAAGAUGAUGGAUUGAUAUCUCUACAAAAGAAACUUAUUGAUGAUCUUUACCCUGAUAAUAAGGUGGUUAUUACAAAUGAGGUUAAAGUAAAUAUUGAGGCUAUCAAGAGGAUACUAGAAGAGAGAAAAGUUAUUGCUGUUUUCGAUGAUGUUGAUGAUAUAAGCCAACUAAAUGCACUAUGUGGAAAGAAAGAAUGGUUCUGUGAAGGAAGUCGAAUUAUUAUUACCACAAGAGAUAGAGGCGUUUUACCUGAAAAUUAUGCGCACCACGAGGUACAAAAGUUGGAUCCCUCAGAGUCACUCCGACUUUUUAGUUACCAUGCACUUAGAAGAGAGAAACCUGCAGACCAGUUUUUGGAUCUCUCUAAGCAAAUUGUAUCACUUACAGGAGGGUUGCCAUUGGCUCUUGAGGUAUUUGGUGCUUUUUUGUUUGAUAAGAGGACGAUCCCGGAAUGGGAAGAUGCAAUGGGAAAGUUAAGAAAGAUUCGUCCUGAUAAUCUUCAAGGAAUACUAAAGAUAAGCUUUGAUGGGCUAGAUGAACAAGAUAGGUGUAUAUUCCUUGACAUCGCAUGUCUGUUUGUUGAAAUGGAGAUGAAGAGAGAAGAGGCUAUAGACAUAUUGAAAGGUUGUGGAUUUAGAGCUGAGAUAGCAAUCUCAGUCCUUGUGGCAAAAUCACUCAUCAGGAUUGCUGAGGAUGAUACUUUGUGGAUGCAUGAUCAACUUAGAGACAUGGGCAGACAAAUUGUUCAACAGGAGAACCUUCUAGAUGCUGGACAGCGUAGUAGACUGUGGGAUCGUCAUGAUAUCAUGUCUGUGUUGAUGCUGAAAAAGGGAACAAGAAGUAUACAGGGUAUUGUCCUAGACUUUAAAGAAGGAAUCUUGAAGAAGAAGAAUUCAAGUGCUGACACAAAUUUCUGGGGUAAUCAUCAACAUGGAUCAGAAAAUGAGAGAGAGACUAUACUUUACACUGAAUCUUUUGAAUCAAUGGUUAGUCUGAGACUGCUUCAGAUCAAUUAUAUAAAAUUGGAAGGGAAGUUUAAAUUUCUUCCUGCUGAUCUGAAGUGGCUGCAGUGGAAAAAAUGUACAGUGAAAACGCUUCCUUCUGAUUUUUGUCCUUUCCAACUUGCUGUUCUUGAUCUCUCAAAUAGUGCCAUUGAACAUGUGUGGAGUUCGUACACUAACAAGGUGGCUAAGAACUUGAUGGUCAUGAAUUUUCGCGGUUGCUGGAAUCUAGCUGCUAUUCCUGAUUUAUCCGAGCAUCAGAUCCUGGAAAAGCUUGUUCUUGAGGGUUGCAUUAAACUGACUAAGAUUCAUGAAUCAGUUGGUAAUAUGAGUAAAUUACUUCAUUUGAACCUCAGAGCAUGCUCAAGCCUCAUUGAAUUGCCAAGCGAUGUCUCAGGUCUGAAACAUCUUGAGAAACUUAUCCUCUCUCGUUGCUCUAAAUUAAAGAACUUACCGGAGAACUUAGGCAGCAUGAGAUCUUUAAAGGAACUUCUUCUUGAUGGAACUGCUAUAGAAAAACUGCCUAAAUCAAUAUUUUACCUUGUAAAACUUGAGAAGCUAAAUCUAGAUAACUGUCAACUUUUGAAACAACUACCUGAAUGUAUAGGAAAGCUGGAUGCUCUGAAGGAACUCUCUCUUAAUCAUUCUGCAAUAGAAGAACUACCAGAUUCUGUUGGAUCCUUGGCAAACCUUGAGCAACUAAGUUUAAUUGGCUGUGGAUCAGUGACUGCAAUCCCUGAUUCUAUUGGGAAUCUCAAGUCCUUGAUAGAAUUCCUUAAUUGGUGGAACUGCUAUAGAAAAACUGCCUACUUCCAUUGGUUCAUUAUCAUAUUUGAAGGCUUUCUCUGUGCGAAGUGUCAACUCCUUUGCAAAUUGCCUGAAUCAAUUGAAGGAUUAGCUUCACUUGUUGAGCUUAGUUAG